AUGCCAAUUGACUACUCCAAGUGGGAUAAGAUCGAACUAUCAGACGAUUCUGACGUCGAAGUUCACCCAAAUGUUGAUAAACGCUCCUUUAUCCGUUGGAGACAACAGGAUAUCCACCAGAAACGUGAUGAACGUAACCGAGAGAUUGCGCUCUUGGAGACUCAGGUCCCCAUGUAUGAGGAAUUGAACAGAAGGGUCGGUAUUCUGCUGGCUAAAUGUGAUGAUUCCGUCCUAGCAAACUAUCAACAAGUGUGUGAUUUCCUCUCAAAGACGUUCGACUCUUCGAAACCUCCAGGAGUGGAAGAAGACGCACCAACGUAUAACGAGAUGAUCGAAGAUCUGUUCACAGAUAUUAAGGGCAAGUUGGAAACGGCCAGCUUGGACCCUAAUGACGGUAAGCUGGUUAGAGAACAGGUUGCCAACCAUACAAAGAAGAUUGAGGAUGUUCUCUCCACGCAAAGAGAUAAGCUUCAGACGUUAUACAAGGAGAGAGAGUUGCACAUCUCAUCAGAGGAUAUGCAUACAGGCUGGGAUCGUUCUUUCCUUAACAAGGACAGUGAUGGAUCAACUACUGGAUCGGCCUCUGCAGCAUCUUCAACUUCUACAACGACUAAGGCGACAACCACAUCAACAUCAACAUCAAGCAGUACCCCGGUCACCAAAUCUGUUUCACAGAAGCACAAUGAACUUAGUUCUUGUACAGAAAGUGAUGAGGAAGCUCUGGCGAAAUACUCUGAGAUUCCCUACGAGAACCUUGUCCAAAUAAGAGAUUUUUUGAAAACCCAUACCAACAUCAUAACGCAAGCUAACAAGGAUUCUUUGUUGAUGAGUGCAUUUGAUUCGGAAUUUGAUGAUGAUCAUGCAAAGACAAAGAGAAUCGUGGGUGUUUCCAUCCUUCUUCAAUAUGUGCUCGAUGUCUUGAACUUCAAGAAGAUUGAACAAAAGCCUCAGAUACAACAGGUUGUUCAGCAACUGUUUGACAAGAUGAUGGGGAGUGGUCAACAACAAGUUAUGAGCUCCUUCCAACAGGAACUAGCAAGCACUUUCGAUCACAUCCAAACCCGUUGUAAAGUCUUAAGACAAGAACAGUUGGAAUCCGGCGAACUUGAAGGUACAGAAGAAAUUCAGCUGAAAUCGCUGGAUGAUGAUACAACGCUUGUUGUGAACCUGCCAGAUUCCGAGUCUUCUGAUCCUACAGAGCAAAAGAGGGUUGAGCUUUUCAAGUCAUUGCCUGAGAGAAUGCAACAAGCUCUACAAACAGGUACUUUGGAUGAAGUUAACAAUGUCUUCCAUGGCAUGCCAAUUGAGGAAGCUGAACAUAUAUUGGAGAUCUUCGAUGAAGCAGAUAUAAUUGGUGUUCGUGCCUUGGUUGAGAAUGAAUCAGACUGGGAACAGCUGAAAGGCGAGUACGAGCAGAACUUGGCUGUGGAAGACCAUCAACACCAACCAGUCCUUGAGGAAUUGCCAGAGGAAGGUACAAGUAUAAUUCCUACUAGUGAUAUAGUUGAUUAACCAAAUAAUACACAUACCUCUUGCU